AUGCCGCCGAUGCAACCGGCGACAGCUCUGCCAUUCAAGCCUUAUCGCCCGCAGUCGUUGUCGUUAAACAACAUGUCAAACGCCGCAAUGGACUCGUCGUCUCAGAGGCCGCCUCUGAACCUGGAGCACCAUUACUCCGAGGUCACCAAGCGAAGACUCCCCAGCAAGAUGAAGGAGUAUUACAAGUUCUUCCAGAUCCCGGGUAUUGGAAACCUGGCUGGAGGUCUUCCGCAUUCGAGCUUGUUCCCGUUCGAUACACUUGAAGCUCAAGCGGCGAAACCCGAACGAUGGGAGCCGUCCCCGAUCCCCGACAACGACGCCGGUUUCACCGCGCCCAACGGCGCCGCGGCGCUGCCGAUCCGGAGCAGCAGCAGCAGCAACAGCGCUGCAAACAAAGAUAAAGAAAAGGACGUCAAGGCAGCGCGACAUGUCACUGUUCCCGGAAGCGACGCCGAGCGCGACCCCCUCCGGCGCAUUGACGUCGCUACCGCCCUGCAGUACGGCACUGCCGAGGGGUACCCUCCCCUCCGGUCAUUCGUGAGACAGUUCACGCGGGAGCACUUGCACCCCAAUGUCCCCUACCUGGGCGGGCCCGAGGUGAUUCUCAGCUGCGGCUCGACCGACGGCUUCUCCAAGGUCCUGGAGCUGCUGACGAACCCUUGGAACCCUGCAAAGGAUGACGUGAGGGAGAGACAGGGCAUGAUAUGCGAGGUGUUUGUGUACAGCCAAGUCCUGACGCAGAUCCUGCCGCGCGGGAUCCAAGUCGCACCCGUUGAGAUGGACGAGGUAGGCAUGAUUGCCUACGGUCCCGGCGGGUUGGAAGAGUUGUUGGCGGGCUGGGAUGAAGAGAAUGGGCGGAGGCCGCAUUUCUUGUACACCGUUACGGUAUGCAUGAGCGUGCUAACACGUGACGUUAGUAUGGGUCACAACCCGACCAGCGGCGUGCUCCCUAUUGAGCGCCGCAGAGAACUUUAUGAGAUUGCCAGCAAGUACGAUGUCAUCAUCGUCGAGGAUGACCCGUACUGGUACCUGCAGUACCCGUCUGCGGCUCAGGCCGAGGCCAAGCACCGCGGUCUGCCGCCUCCGAAGCCUACCCGGUCGGUUUCUAAGCCGGGCAAGUCGUCGGGAUAUCGGUUCUUGGACUCGCUGACGCAGUCAUUCUUGAACAUUGACGUUGAUGGUAGAGUCAUUCGUCUCGAUACCUUUUCCAAGACCAUUGCUCCGGGUUGCCGCCUGGGUUGGAUUACUGCACAGCCGGCUAUCAUUGAACGUCUGUUGAGAAUCACAGAGGUCACUACUCAGCAGCCCUCCGGCUUCGUGCAAUCCACCGUUGCAGAGCUGAUCAUGGGCGAGCAACCCCCAGCGGUAAGGUCUGCUUUUGCAGCCCUCACCUCGCGUCAGAAGCAGACCUUUGAGGGCUGGCAAAUGGAUGGCUGGGUGCGCUGGCUUGAGGGCCUUCGCGGCGUCUACGAGCGCCGCAUGAACCGCAUGUCCUCCAUCCUCGACGACGGCGCCAUCCAGAUCAAGCAAUCGACGCCGCGCAGCGCCGAGGACGCCGAAUGGGGCGUCGUCAGCAAGACUCGUCUUUACGACUUCAGCUGGCCCCGCGGCGGUAUGUUCAUCUGGCUGCGGGUACGCCUCGAAGCGCAUCCUCUCUGGAUGGCCAAGGGCGGCAAGAUCUUGCCGUUGCUCGACGGUGAGAAGCUGUCGACCGCACUCAUGAUUUUUGCGACGCAGAAGCCGUACCGCGUGCUUAUCAGCACUGGUAUGAUGUUCAGUGCCACGCCUGAGAUUAAGGCUGAGAGGGGCUGGGGUUACUUCCGUCUGUGUUUCGCGGCGGAGUCGGAGGAGAAUGUGGACCUUUGCUCGCAGAGACUCUCGGAUGCGAUCCAGGCGUUCUGGAGAAUCAAAAAGGUGGAGGAGAUUGAAGAGUUGCUUGGGGAUUUUGUCGCUCCUGACGAAGCGUCAAUGGAAGGUCUGGGUAACCUUGGCCUGUGGAUGGGAUGCUAA